UGUUCAGCAAUAAAUAUCCAUCGAUUGCUCUUAACGGUUCUCUCUAUUGCUUUUUCUCUGCACUUAGACAUACAAUCAGCUCUUUAUGUUCUUUCCUUCAUAUCCAAAACCAGUGUCACUCACUCGCUUUGAUUUCCUAGCUACUCAUAUUACCCUUUUUAGUCUCUUGUUUUCUCCCUUUUCUUGAUCUUCACAGGCUUUUUUUAACUUUCUUUACCAGAGGGGUAUUGAAAAUGGACGGUGAUCAAAGUUUGUCUGAUUUUUUUGAGGAUUCUGAAUGUGACAUCUUCAGUAUUUUAGAGGCUUUGGAAGGCCCGACAACAACAACAACAACCACAACAACUUCGGAUGAAAUUAAUGGUUUAGUUUCGGAAGAAGGGAAGAAAAGGAAGUUGAUCUCUCAGAAAUCUACUGGUUCGAGUGGAACUUUACAAGAGUACUAUUUGGAGGAGACUGAAGCAGAUACACCAAGUAGCAAGAGACAAAAAGUAGCGGGGGUUACGAGUGGGAUAGAGGAUAACCAGCAAGAAAAUAGGAUUUCUCACAUAACUGUUGAAAGGAACCGCAGGAAGCAAAUGAAUGAACAUCUCUCUGUGCUUCGCUCUUUGAUGCCUUGUUUUUAUGCUAAACGAGGUGAUCAAGCAUCAAUAAUUGGUGGGGUUGUGGAUUACAUAAACGAGCUUCAACAAGUUCUCCAAUCACUCGAAGCCAAGAAGCAACGCAAAGUUUACAGUGAAGUUCUAAGCCCAAGAUUAGUCCCAAGUCCAAGAGUAGUACCCUCACCAUUAAGUCCAAGAAAACCCCCACUUAGCCCCAGAAUGAACUUACCAAUUAGUCCAAGAACCCCACAGCCCACCAGCCCAUAUAAGCCUAAUCAUAAUCGUAAUAAUAAUCCUAAUAAUAAUGCUAACAGGCUACAUGUUCCAGCCAUAAUUGCUAGCCCACUUGAACCAUCUCCUCCUAGUACUUCUUCAAAUUCGUCCAUUGACAGUCAUGUCAAUAAUGAGCUGGCUGCCAACUCAAAAUCAGCCAUUGCUGACGUGGAGGUGAAAUUCUCCGGCGCGAAUGUCAUAUUGAAGACUGUGUCUCCACGUAUUCCGGGCCAAGCUGUGAAGAUCGUUGCUGCGUUAGAGGAACUCGCCCUUGAAAUACUCCAUGUCAGCAUCAGUACUAUUGAUGGAACCAUGCUCAACUCCUUCACCAUCAAGGUCGGAAUUGAAUGCCAACUUAGUGCUGAGGAACUGGCUCAUCAGAUUCAGCAGACAUUCUGCUAAGCACAGUACUAUACUCAUUACUUUUUAGUAAUACUAGUACUAGUAAUUUAGUACAUGUCCAAGACGUAUUUCAUUUUUUUUCUUCCAAUUCCUUUUUUUUUUUUUUUUCCUCUGGGAAAGUAGUGUCUCAUUAUUCCAGUAGAUCUGACUAGGGAGCUGUAACAAAAAAAGAGAAUGUGGGUAGUUGAAUUUACCACCAUUCUGUUUAUUUAAACAGAUAUCCGUAUAGAUUGUCAUGACUUUUAUUUACUAAGUGAUCUUUAAUAUGACCCCCUUCGUACUGAUGUAUUCCUGUUCAGUCUUUGUAUUUUCAUUUAUGUACAAUCAAUUUCUAGUAUCUGUUUUUUUGUUAAUUAGUGAUUGAAGAUCGAACUUCAAGAUUUCUUAUAUACUUAAUAAAUUCAAGCAUCAAGGAAUCA